AUGGGGGCAGCUAACACUUGGUACUGUUUAUCAUGUUACACCUCUCAAUAUGGUUCUGUCUCCGCCAUUCGCCCCUGCAAGAAAUGCAAAUACAUGAUGAGUAUUUGGCAUCAACCUGGAUCUAAUCCAGCUCUGCCAGUAUAUGUUGGUACCACAGGUGGUUGUGUUGAGCGUCAAGCUCCCGUUGAAGAACUCGUUCAACACGAGAAAGUAACUCAGAAACUGGCUAGUUAA